UAGGUCACCUCUCGGGUCCGGGCACCAGGCCUGGGACUGGCCAGACAACAGCCGAGUCCAGGCCUGGGCUAGGAGCCAGGUGAGCGCGCCCCUGUGCUAAAACCUAGUCACCGGACUGCCCUGAGUCCACCAGGCACAGCACGGGCCAUGGACUCUCGAGCUGGAAACACUGCAGACCCUAGAGGGAGCCGAAGAGGAGGUGGCUUACCCGGGGCCAGGGGCCCCCGCGCUCGGCAGCUCCUGGAGCGCUUGGAUGCGCGCCCCCUAGCGGCGCGAGCCGCAGCGGACUUGACAGCGUUAGUACGGAAGGCGGGUGCCACACUGCGCCUGCGCCACACGGAGGCUGCUAGUGUUCCGGGUUCUGCAGAUAUAGAAGUCACAGACAGUCGCUUGCCUCGUGCCACUCCCGUGGAACAUCGACUCCAGCAUCGAAGGUCUGAGCCUCUGGGUACAUGUAUGGAGCCACCUCCAGUAGCCCAGGAAAAGGCAAGCUAUGCUUUGAAACUACCCCAAGCCACUGGCCGAUUUUCUGUGGAGCUGGUCCGAGGUCCUGCAGGCUUUGGUCUCACUUUAAGUGGAGGCCGAGGUGUAUCUGAGGAUGCUCCAUUGGCCGUGCGUGGACUGCUGAAGGAUGGUCCAGCACAGCGAUGUGGUCGUUUGCAGGCUGGGGACCUUGUGCUCCGUAUCAAUGGAGAGUCAACACAGGGCCUCACUCAUGCCCAGGUGGUGGAGCGGAUUCGCACUGGAGGCCCCCGCCUUUGCCUGGUACUCCAACGGCCUCAAGAGAUGGAUGCCAGCAGGACUGAGGAGGUUGGAGGACAUCUGAAGAGAGAUCGCAGCCCAGAUCCUAGGGGAAGCAGGAUGACGAAGUCUCGCAGCACCAUUUCCCCACUUCACCACCGGCCCAAGACCCGGCCCAGUCCGGAACCUAGUCCAGACGCCGUGGGUAUUGGCCACGCGCUUCACGCAGCGGAGCACCCCACAGAAGACCUAGACGACCGUAUCCCUGGUACCCCUGGACCCUGGCUGGUGCCGAGCGAGGACCGGCUCUCACGGGCUUUAGGGGCUCGGGGUGGGGGCGCGCAGCUUGUUCAGGAGAUGGCAGCUGGAAGGCGGAGGCACUGAGCACCAACAGACAGCUCUGUGGUCACUCGGUGGGUGAAGUCCCACCUGGUUCAAACUUUUCCCUUACAGCUUUAACCUGGUCUAGUGCCCUCCCACUACACACUGCACAGUGGACUGCUCCCCACCCCUUCAAGACGCCAGUGGUAUAGCCCUCCCAAGAGCCCAGAGCGCUCGCACCCCACCGCCCCCACCCGCUGCGUGCUUGCAGCUUCUCCUAGUUCCUUCC